AUGCGUGUAACAUCCUUUCGGGUGACAGAGGGGAGGUCACUGGAAAGAUGGCGAUGUCCAGUGGACCUGCUGGAGGAGUUCUCAGUUUGCUUCUGAGAUGUUGCUUGAGAGCAGAACAAAGUCUGCUGCGAGCUCUAGGAGUGCAGCCUCUCCACCCAGCUCUGGCUGUCCAAGCUCCGUUGUCCUGUCCCUCUGAGAAAUCAGAUGAAGGUGUCCCCAGUUUUCUGGAUAGCAUCUUUUGGAUGGCUGCACCUAAAUCCAGAAGAACAAUAGAAGUAAAUCGCUGCCGAAGAAGGAAUCCUAAUAAACUUUUGAAAGAGAAGAAUAACAUUGACACGUGUCCGGAAUGUGGGCAUCUGAAGCUGAAACACGUCCUGUGUGGAUUCUGCUAUGAUAGAGUUCGCCGUGAAACGCACCUUAUCAGGAAGGAAAUACAAGCCGUGGAAGGAGGACCUUUCAAAACUCCCACUGUGGAAACCGUCAUUCUUUAUGACGGGGAAAAGCCACGUCCUGAAGAUGAAGGGAAGAGGAUUAUUGAGCAGAAACGGAAACGCCCAUCAUGGUUCUCCUAUUGAUAUAGUUGUCAUUUUUCUUCUGCUAUGCAGUGUCCUUAAUGCCUUCAAAGUGAAGUGGAGAACAUCUAUUUAGAUUGUGUUACUCGUACCUCAGAUGCAGACAUGUCAUGUCUUCAGUUUGGCUUUUGUGGUUACAUUGAAUCUUCAUGGCUACAUGUAUUAAAAUACACCAGUAUCUCCUUUGUAA